GUCGGUCCAAACGCUAUUCUCAAACUUGUUGAAUGUUAUGACUUCUCAUACAAAGUCAUGCAAGUCCAUAAUAACCCAUUCUAGCCCAGCUGGUGUACCAGCAGCACUUUCUGGUAGACAAAGAGCAAAGAGGAGUUCAAAGCUGGUCUUGAUUUGGUAUAGCUGCGCAUGGAGAGAUAUCAAUGGUUAUUGAUGGUUAUUGCUAUGGCAGUUUGUCCUUUGUUAGGUUGUAGUUGUUGAUCAUUUGCGAGAUGUUACUGAA